AUGUCUCUCAAUCUAGCCAGCACCAUCAAGCUUUCCGAUGGCAGAGCCAUCCCACAGCUAGGACUUGGUGUCUAUCUGUCCAAGGGCAAAGAGGGAGAAGUGGCAAUGCAGCAUGCUUUCAAGAAUGGAUACAGGCAUCUAGAUGGGGCACAAUGGUACCGAAAUGAGGCGGAGAUGGGCAGAGCCUUCCAUGCCAGCGGGCUCAAGCGGGAGGAUGUUUGGAUCACCACAAAGGUCACUAAUCACGGCUACGAGAAGACUCUGCGAUCGGUCGACGAAUCUCUGGCCGUGGCAAAGCUGGACUACUACGACUUGUUCUUGCUGCACUCUCCCAAUCCUGGCCGAGAACUGAGGUUGGAGGCUUGGAGAGGUCUGAUUGACGCUCAAAAGGCGGGCAAAGUGAAGAGCAUCGGGGUGUCCAACUAUGGCGUGCAUCAUAUUCAAGAGUUGCUGGAAAAGUAUCCCAACAACCUGCCAGUCGUCAACCAGAUCGAGUAUUCCCCCUUCUUCCAACGAAAUGAGAUUGUCCGGGAAUGUCUGAAGCACGACAUCAAGAUCCAAUCUUACUCUCCCCUCGGCAAGGGCGCGUUCGUCGAUCUUCCUGAGCUCAAGCAGAUCGCAGAUGUGCAUAAGAAGACGCCUUCUCAGCUCCUCAUUCGAUACGUCUUGCAAAAGGGCCACAUUGUCAUCCCGAAGUCUGUCACCCCUUCGCGCAUCGAGGAGAACGCGGACGUGUACGACUUUGAGCUGUCGGGACAGGAAAUUGCUAAAUUGGACGCUCUGGAGACUGGCAGUGGAGUCACCUGGGAUCCUACCAAAGCGCCUUGA